UUGCAGCUCCUCUUCCCCUUGCAGCUCGCGUGCGCCGAGUCCUGCGAUGUAUCUUGCGCUGUGCAACUGAGAGAGUCUGUCUCCGUCCGUGGCCGCCUUCUUCUAGAGUAGCUAUGAGAGCGCCGAUACGCCGUCUUUUACCGAGGACUGCCGUACUCGGCGCGCUGUCCAGAGCUGUCCGAACCGCUCCUCGACUCCUGCGGCAGCGGGCCCUAUGCACAGCAUGCAGGCUUCCGACAAAUGCCCAACACAGCUUUGCCGGGCUGCCAGCUCCCCGGCGUCGCGCCCGGAUGGAAUUACGGAGCGCGUACCCCGCCGGCCGCACCGCCGAACAGAGAAGAAGAACGUCGGCUGUGGCAGCAGCCUCUGUAGCGAAUGGUGCGUCGGAUGGUGGAACUGCACGGCCUGAGUGCCUUGCUCACGCGCUGCCCGUAGCGAACACAGAGGACAUCGGCCCGAUCCAGGAGUAUGACAGGCGAGUUUCGGCGGGUCUCCUCCGGAACGAUGAACACCAGCGAGGGAUCGUACAGAGCCUGCAAUACCUUCACGACGAAUUGCGGCAUUACCGCGCCCCGCCGGUCGUUCAUCCCACGCUUGAGUCGGUGAAGCCGAACAAGUCGAUCUUCUCGUGGUUCGGGAGCAGCAGCAAGGCCGCAAUACGUGAGAUUCCGAGCAAUCUUCCGCGGGGACUGUACCUGUACGGCGAUGUGGGCUGCGGCAAGACGAUGCUCAUGGACCUGUUCUACGACAGGCUCCCGCCGAACGUGCGGUCCAAGACGAGGAUACACUUCCACAACUUCAUGCAGGAUGUGCACCGGCGCCUGCACAAGAUGAAGCUCCAGUACGGCAGCGACGUCGACUGCGUGCCCUUCGUCGCCGCCGAGAUCGCCGAGCAGGGCAACGUUCUCUGCUUCGACGAGUUCCAGUGCACCGACGUGGCCGACGCCAUGAUCCUGCGCCGCCUCCUCGAGUCGCUCAUGUCGCACGGCGUCGUGCUGGUCACCACCUCCAACCGCCACCCAGACGAGCUCUACAAGAACGGCAUCCAGCGCGAGUCCUUCAUCCCCGCCAUCCAGCUCCUCAAAGACCGGCUGCACGUCAUCAACCUCGACUCCAACACCGACUACCGCAAGAUCCCGCGCCCGCCGUCGGGCGUCUACCACACCCCGCUCGACGCGCACGCGGCCGCGCACGCCGAGAAGUGGUUCCGCUUCCUGGGCGACCCGUCCACGCCGGAGCCGCACCGCGAGGUGCAGCGCGUGUGGGGGCGCGAGAUCGUGGUGCCGCGCGUCAGCGGCCGGUGCGCCUGGUUCACCUUUGACGAGCUGAUCGGGCGGCCGACCAGCGCGGCCGACUACCUGGAGCUGAUGCGGUCGUACGACGCCUUCGUCGUGACCGAGGUGCCCGGCCUGACCUUCCGCCAGCGCGACCUGGCCCGCCGCUUCAUCACCUUCGUCGACGCCGUCUACGAGUCGCACGCCAAGCUCGUGCUGACCACCGCCGUGCCGCUGCAGGAGCUGUUCGUCUCGCGCGACGAGCUGCGCGAGUCGCUGCGGGCCAGCGGCAGGGCCGACGUCGACGACGACGCCGCGGUCCAGGACGUCAUGAGCCACAUGAUGGACGAUCUGGAGCACAAUGCCGAGCAGCUCGCCCGGUCGAACCUGUUUACCGGCGAUGAGGAGGCGUUCGCGUUCGCGCGCGCGCUGUCGCGGCUGAGCCAGAUGGGCAGCAAGGAGUGGGUGGAGCGCGGCAUGGGACUGGAGAGCCAGGGCGGCAAGGAGGAGAGGGAUAGCUGGGCGAGGACUAGGAGCAGGCAGAUGGAGGACAGCAUGUGAGGUGGGCGAGGUGGGAGGUUGUGUUGAGGUGUGGAGAAGAGGAGAUC